CCUAGCCAGCCCCAAAGGGCCCCUCAGUGGCUUGGGUCAAUGGCAUCACCCAGCCGUUGGAUACACAGCUCCGCCAGUGCUUGAGCAAUUACCAGUGGGCUCCCACCCUGCCCCUUCUGGGAAGGGACCUGGGCCCAUGUGAACCCUGGCUAGUUCCCUAAUGCAACCACAGCCUGGAGAAAAGGGAACUUUGCAGGGCUUGGCCGUGUGAAGAGUUAAGGAGCGAGUGGUGAGUGCAGGAAGGCGUUGCUCUGUGGUUGUGGGGCGUCUUGCUGAGUCAAUCGCAGAACCCAGCUCACACCGGACAGUGCGUCUCCGCCGAGCAGCCGGAUCGGAGCAGUCGCUGCUGCCUUUGCCAUCCCAGCCCCAGCGAGAGAGCGAUCGGACUCGUGCGGGGGCUCCUUGGCUUGACCCCGCCAACCAGGAUGAAGAUGUGGCUCGUGGCCGGCCUGGUGCUGCUUCUCAGGGCUGAAGGCGCAGAGGCGCUGGCCGAACCCGAGCUGUGCUACGUCCUGGACGCCGUCCUGUUCACCUACGGCAUCAUCCUCACAGUGCUCUACUGCCGCCUGAAGCUCCAGGUUCGAAAAGCAUCAAAAGCCGACCCCAGCGCAGCCUAUAGCAAAGAAGAAGGGAUCUAUACCGGGCUCAGCACUCAGAACCAGGAGACCUACGAAACCCUCCAGACCAAGCCCAAUUAGGAGCCCCAGGCGCAGUCUCUGCUGAAGGAGGUUGAAGGCGGAGCAGGUGUCCCAAGAGUGAUUUAUAUGAGUUCCUCCCCAGUCCCAGCAAAGAAACAACUUUGUUGAAACCAGUGGUUCCCAGUUGCCCCCACAUGCUGAAGUGUUGGGGGUUGGGGUGUUGUGCCCCUGCUCGUUUGCAUGGUAGACAUUCCCCCUAGCUGUACAUUGCUCCGAGAUGCUACAGGAUCAGCCUUUCCUAUCCCGCCUCUCUCGUGUUUCUGGUGCUGAAGACCUGUAGAUGUUCUUUCCCUUGUGCCUGUCACCAAUGCCGCACAGUGAGUCUCUGGUGAGACGAAGGUGGGGUUCCAUGCACGGUUCCCUCCAGCAGCAAAGCACCUUGUCUACCCUCUACAGCCAAGAACUAUAAUGCAAACAUCUAACCCCCCUGAGCAUCUCUUGGAAACCCCUGGACCAAUGGAGAAUCAUAGAAUUGUAGGACUGGAAGGGACCUCGAGAGGUCAUCUAGUCCAGUCCCCUGCACUCAUGGCAGGACUAAGUAUUAUCUAGAUCAUCCCUGACAGGUGUUUAUCUAACCUGCUCUU